CGGAGGCAUGCGCCAGGAGCUUGACCUCCGGUGUCUGCUGCCCCUCCCCCACGCCCCAUGACAGCCUCUCCUGAUAUGGAUGGACAGGGGCUGGUUUAAAAUGACAGUCUCAAGUUCGUGUAGGAAGGGAAGGCUAAUUCAAAGAAACGGCCAGGCAAGCUUCCUGCCUCUGUAGGAAUAAUUUUCAUCCCCCUUGACCAUGGCCCACCUGGGAGCCCAUUUUGCCUUUCGAUCCCGCUGGCAGAAGACCGACGACGAACUCUGUCGACAUAGCAUGUCUUUCAUCCUUCACAGAGCCAUUCGCAAUGACUUCUUUCAGAGCUAUCUCUACCUGCUGGAAAAAAUUCCCCUGGUGAAAUUGUAUGCUUUAACAAGUCAAAUCAUCAAUGGGGAGAUGCAGUUCUAUGCCAGAGCUAAACUUUUCUAUCAAGAAGUACCAGCUACAGAAGAGGGUAUGAUGGGAAAUUUCAUUGAACUGUCCAUCCCAGAUAUCCAGGCUUCUCGGGACUUCCUUCGGAAGUUUGUUGGGGGCCCCGGGAGAGCUGGGACAGACUGUGCCUUGGAUUGUGGCUCUGGAAUAGGAAGGGUCAGCAAGCAUGUCUUGUUGCCGGUUUUCAAAAGCGUGGAACUGGUGGACAUGAUGGAAUCGUUCCUCGUCGAAGCCCAGAACUACCUGCAGGUCAACGGGGACAAGGUAGAAAGCUACCACUGCUACAACCUGCAGGAAUUUACACCCCCACUGGGGAGAUAUGAUGUCAUCUGGAUUCAGUGGGUCUCUGGGUACCUGACCGACAAAGACCUUCUUGUAUUUCUUUCCCGGUGCCGAGCUGGCCUGAAGGAAAACGGUGUCAUCAUACUGAAGGACAACGUGGCUCGGGAGGGCUGUAUCUUCGAUCUCUCGGACAGCAGUGUGACUCGGGACAUGGACAUCCUCCGGAGCCUCAUUAGGAAGAGCGGGCUGGUGGUGCUGGGCCAGAAGAAGCAGGAUGGCUUUCCAGAACAGUGCAUCCCGGUGUGGAUGUUCGCACUGCACAGUGAUGGACAGUCCUGA